UAACGCCGCGCAUUUUUGCAGUGCUAGGGUUUUUGCUUUAAGGUAAGAGUCGAUUGAUUCUUCGAAAACCAUAAACGAAACCAAAUAUGGCGGAGAAAGCAAUCGAGUCGGUUCAAUGCUUUGGCCGGAAGAAGACGGCGGUAGCCGUAACACACUGCAAGAGAGGCCGUGGUUUGAUCAAGAUCAAUGGUUGUCCCAUUGAGCUUGUCGAGCCCGAGAUCCUCCGUUUCAAGGCCGUCGAGCCAAUCCUUCUCCUCGGCCGUCAGCGUUUUGCCGGCGUUGACAUGAGGAUCCGAGUCAAAGGUGGAGGUCACACUUCUCAGAUCUACGCUAUCCGUCAAAGCAUCGCUAAAGCCCUUGUCGCUUUUUACCAGAAGUACGUUGAUGAGCAGAGCAAGAAGGAGAUUAAGGAUAUUUUGGUCGGGUACGAUAGGACUUUGCUGGUCGCUGAUCCCAGGAGGUGCGAGCCUAAGAAGUUUGGUGGAAGAGGUGCCAGGGCAAGGUUCCAGAAGAGUUACCGUUGAAGAACUGUCAUGGUUCGUUUUGAUGUUGUUCUUAGUGAAAUGAUAUGGUUAUGCUUGUUUUGAAUUAAGGUUUUAUUAUAUGGAUUUAAAUUAGCUGUGACUGAGUUUCUGAAUUUUUGGAUGUUUGUUUUGGUUGCUUAAAUUUAUAGAUAAAUGCUUAAGACUGUUAUUGCCUUUUUA